CAGAUAUCCUGCUUAAUACCUUGUAUAUACUUAGAAAUACAGUUAAUAAAAAUGCGCUUCGAAUGAAGCUAAAAUUAUUUCAACUAAGAAACAAGUUCCUGUAACAAUGCCACUUUACCACAAUUUUUCAUACUCGAUCAUUAAUAACGUGAUAUAUCGAGAACCAGAAAACGUCAAACUAUCGAUUAAGCAAGAUACUGCAAUUGGAGAGAACAGAAAAUCGGCAAAUAAGUAUAUAUUGCUUCUCAUCACUGGGAUCUAAUUAAAAUGAUUCGUAAUUGGCCGAAGCAGAGGCCUUUGCAAUCAUAUAAUAUAUACUAUAACAUGAAAGUGUCACAUACACGAUAAAAUACUAUCAUUUUUGAAGUGACUUGUUUCCAGUAGUAUCCAUACUGAAAGUCGAACCAUGCGUCAUAUUCCAAAACGUCGAUCAAUAUUAAAAAAAAUUUCCGGUCGUUAAGCGAGUCCGGAUACAGCGCUCACAUCUUCAUAAGUACGUGUUGACUGACAGUUUUAUGUUUAUGCACAGGCUUAUGCCAAUCUAAUGAAGCAUUUAAUCGAACGAUGAUUCUUUUAGCUCUGAGUAGUUACUUUGCCGUAGAAGAAUCAUCUUUAGCGACUCGCAACCAUGGUAAAAUAUCCUCUCCUACAAACACACAGAGCGAUGGCGAACUUAAGAAAGUUGCCGAUCCUUCGAAGUCGAGAAUAAGCAACGAAAGGACUCCUUUAAAAAUAUCCGUGCCAAAACAUACGAGUGUAAAUUCUGAAGAACAAAAAUUACAGUCGAACGAAAAUAUAACAAAAGUUGAAGAUGCACAAGGAGCAAUGCCAGUGAAAAGGCCAAUGCAAGCGGCCAGUCUUCCACAGUUGAUAAUAGGAAGAAUUGGCAAGAUGUUUCAACGAUAAUCCGACUAGUAACACCAACAUUUAAAUGCACUAUACCAUUUUUUAUACAA